AUGCAAACAAAUGAAAAUAAAACAAACGAAAAAAAUGAAUUCAUUAGCUAUUUAGAGGAACAUGAUAUAAUAAGCCAUAUAAGUCGAGUUUUGUUGAAAUUAUUUGAGGAAAAGGAAAAACCUGCAGAUGCUAUAGAAUAUAUACGUAAGCAUUGGGGAAAUACAGAUACAGAUAUUUCGUUGGACGAAUUAAAAAAAGAAAAUUCAUUUCUUAGAGAAGAAAAUAAAAACUUAACAAAAAAAUUCGAAGAACUAAAUAACACAUUAAAAAAAUUAAUUAAUGAUAAUGAAGCAUCAGAAGCUUAA